UUUCAAAAAUGUUCUGGGGGAAUUUUGCGCAAGAUCACGAAAAUGAAGGUGGAGAGUGGACGUCGGUGUUGACGUUUAUGUGGUCGGUUUGCAUUUGACCAGAUGUAUAGUUCAGAAAACCAACUACCUCAUGGCUACUAUAGCAGCUUCCAGAAUAAAGAGGGAACUAAGAGAAGUUAAGGGAGACUCCGAGUUGAUCAAAGAUGAUGUCAUCUUGGAUUUGAUAGAUGAUAAGUCAUACUUAGCACUAACUGGGGAGAUCCCAGGCCCUAGAGACACACCAUAUGAAGGAGGGACAUUCCACCUUAAGAUCAUCAUCCCUGAAACGUACCCCUUCAACCCCCCACAGGUGACUUUCACCACCAAGAUCUGGCAUCCCAACAUCAGUUCAGUGACAGGGGCUAUCUGCCUUGACAUCCUGAAAGAUCAGUGGGCUGCGGCCAUGACACUACGUACGGUGCUGCUGUCAGUCCAAGCUUUACUGUCAUUACCCGAGCCUGAUGACCCACAAGAUGCUGUAGUCGCACAACAGUACAAAGACAACCCCGACGCCUAUCAGAAAACGGCUAGACACUGGGCCUGUGCCUACGCUGGUGCCAAAUGUACCAACAGAGAACUAGAUGAGAAGAUUGAAAAAAUCACGGAAAUGGGCUUUGGUGAGUCCACAGCAAGAGAUGCUCUCUCUGCCACUGACUGGGAUGUAGCACGAGCCGUGGACAGGUUAAUGAGUUGAUGCGACGAAAAAAAACAUGUAAUGCUGUUCUGUACAUAUAAACCCUCCUUCCAUAAUUCCUUCCUAAUCAUUACAGAUCAGCUAUGAGUUGCAUAAGCUGUGUCCCAGUUAUGUGGCUAUGCUGGAAAUAUCACAUGCCCUUAUGGAAGUUGCUGCAGCAGGGGCUUCAUGUAUUUUUCACAGACACAUGUAUGAUUUCUAGCAGUAACCUAGUAGUUUGGACGCGGCUUUUACUCAGAGAUCUCUUGAACACACACACAAAUUUUACUGACUGUACCAGAGAACAGAGCACCAGCGAUGUUCUGCGUGGUACAUGUAUGUGCUGAGUUUGACUGGUUUCCAUCAUGAGAACCAGCUAAGCAGCUUCAUGAGAUUUGGCUACCCUCUUCCUUUACAUCCAUGGCUGUCAAUUUGGUUUUUGUACAAGUGCACAGGUGUGUGAGUAUCUGAAGGAGGUGCUAAUUAGUCUGAUGCCUUGGAUAUUAUAUCCUGUGUUACUCUGACCUUAGUAACCAGACCUAAGAUGACUAGUCUCUGAAAUCAUUACUAUAUUGAUUGUGGAUUUAAGGAAAAAAUUAGAGCAGACAUCUUUGAUUUGUUUAUGGAAAGUAAUGAAAUAUUGUUAGAAUUUCUUUUAGUUUUGAGAUGACCUAGUGGGUGAUCAAAUGAAUAUUUGGGCCUAAUUUUUUGGUAUUAAGCAAGAUUCAGCAAAUGAAUGAUGGAAAGCUGAUUGUAUAACGCAGUUAACUAUCAAAUAUGGCUGACCAACAAGAUUCUGGUUUUACUAACACUGUCAACUACAGACUGGUGUGAUUUUUCAAUGAAGCCUCCUAUGGAAAAAAACAUCUUGUACAGAGUAAAGAAAACAAAUCACAUUUUGAAAUUUGUAGAAAAAGGACACCUGAAUACAUUAACUCUGGAAAAGAGGUACAGCAGAUGCAGAAAACACAAAGCAGUGAGCUUGAUCUAUGUAUCAUUGACCUGUCACUUUUGGAUUUUGGGAUAUAAGUGGUGCACACUGACCUAUGCAACAUGCAGCAGACUCCUUCAGAACAUCCUGGAAAACCACAUUUUGUAAUUUAAAUAUCCCCUAAGGAUUACCUCUCAUAAAGUGAGAUGUACUGAACUCAAUAAACCUACGUGUGGUCAUGCAGUAAACAGAACUAGACAACCAUUUAUGGAAGAAAACAAAACGUUAAGAAGACUUUUGGCAGGUCAUUUGAGGGUGUCAAACAUUUCAAGCCAAUUUUUUUUCUUUUUAAUUACUAAUUGUAAAUAGCAUGGUGUGAUUCAUUACACAUGUAUAAUGACCAUGUGGAUAUGUCUUUGGUGAACCCUGACCUCUGAAUACAGAGCACACUAGUGUUGCUUAAAAGAAAAUCACACCUAGCGAAUUUACUGUGUGGGUAAACUUCUUCUGACGAGCUAUGCUAUAAGAAUAGACCUGAAUGCAGGACAGUUGGUGGUAGAUUCAGUAGCUCUUCCCCCCCUGAAAAAGGCGUUACCAUCAACAACUGUAAGAACAGUAAAUGUAAAGCUUACAGGUCUCAGUUCUAUCCUCGUAUACUUUCUGAAGUCGGCUGAUGAAGCACAUGUAUUGAAGUCUUUCUGGAUCCCAGUUAAGCCACAAAAUUGUCCAGUUUCUUUGUUGCUACAGCUGUAACAAAUUUGCUUCCAACUGCACAGCAGUUUUGGUGGAACUGGAAAGAACAACCAGUUCUUUUUAGCAACUGUAGUAAUAGCUAUGGAUACGGCUUGGGCAGUGACUCAUCGUCCAUUGUGCAUGUAUAGGAUGCCAGGGCUCUCAUUGUUGUGUAGAUUCACUGUAAAACGUGUGUAAUAAUAAUUGUCUUGUACAAUUCAGACUUUGUAAAGAGUUGUCUCCUAUGGAACAAGAUGAAAGAAGAACGCGUAUCGCAGCUUACAUUUUUUUUAAUAACCUCUGCCAUUGACACUUGUAGCUAGUUGUAUCGAUACAGAUGACCUGGUUUUGAGAUUUUUUUUUAAUGGUUCCCUUGAAUAGUUGCCCAGGAAAUGUGUUCUUUUUUUUUUUUAAUUGAAUCGUUUGAGCCCAUGGAAGAUUGUUGAUAGGCUCUUAAAUUUGGCAAAACUUUGCAUCAUUUACUUUAAUGGCAAAUCACAUGGUAUGCAUUUAAAUUCACUAAAGUCUCACACAUUGGCCACAUUUGUUCAGAGUCUUGUUACUUUUGAGCCAUCAGGUGUUUUUUGUUGUUUUUUGGGGUUGUAACUUUCAAACAUUCUGGUAUCAAAAUAUCUCAAUGGGUAAUACAGGAAUUCAUCCUCAAAGUGUUAAAUUUAUGAAAUUUCCCAGCUUCUUUGAAAUAGCUUAUCACUAAAUAGCAGCAAAGCUGAAGUCUGAAAAAAAAUCUCACAAUCGUAAUGGAUUUUGUUUCUGGAACAAGGUCAAUUGCAUCAAUUUCACGCCACCAGUUACACUGAAUAAGUCUGAUAUGAAAGGUCUUUUCUGUUGUUACAUGUAUUAGAUGUUAGUUAUAGGUACUAAAGCAUUCUCAGUGAGGUGUUAUGCUGUCACUGGUAAAUCAAUCAAUGCAAAACCAGUUCAAUUAGUGUGCAAAAAAAGAGGAAAAAAUACCAUAAUAUCAUAAACCAACACAAGGAUACAGAUUCUUGCUCAAAAGCUCUCCUUUUAAAGGCCCAUUUCUUUAUUUUCAAAGAAAGAAAUUUUAGGAUUUGGAAUUAAAGAAUUGAUUUGGGGAAUAUAGUUCCAUACCUUUGCCCAAAUUUUGUUACAAUGAAACUAAGAAAAUGUAUGUUUUGAUGACAAACAUCUUGCCACUCAUAGAAUUCUAAAUGGCAUCUUUCAUUUCAGACUGUCCUCACAUGAGGAAUUUCAUGUCAGUAAUAACUGUAAGUUACUUUGUUGAUAAAUAUCACUUUACAGAAAGACAUUUUACAGGUUGAAAGGGAUAUACUUAAUUUUUUUCUAAAUUCCCUUGGCUAACAUACUUUCAGCAUAAGUUCUUAUUUAAAUUUUUACAAAUGAGGACUGCCCUGUAAAAAAAUGGCAUUUGAAACGAAUUUAGAAGAAAACUCACGUUGCUCACUUAAUUUAUGAAUUAGUCUUUGAAUGCAAGAGAUUUUGAUCGAAUAAAGGGAAAACAUCUGAUCAAAUAUCUGU